ACGAGAUGCAUCCUUAGGAGAAUUCCUAGUAAUUUUGUUGUACUAUGGUUUUUAUCUUCCGUAACACAGGACAUGAACCAGACCUAAUCUCAUAGUCCUCCACACCUUAACCUCAGUAACACUUCAAUCGCAAUUCCCCUGUCCCCAUUCGCCCAACUCGUCUACAUAUUCUCUCACAGAGGUUAAGGUUUUGGGUUUCCAGAUUUCCCAUUUCCUCCUCCCCAAAAAAAUGGCUCUCUCCGAUGGCGUCAUGAGAAAAGCUAUUCUCUCCUACCUAUACGUGACGAUCUGGAUCGCCCUCAGCUUCUCGGUCAUCGUCUACAACAAGUACAUCUUGGAUCGCAAGCUCUACAAUUGGCCCUUCCCGAUCUCGCUUACCAUGAUUCACAUGGCCUUCUGCUCCUCCAUCGCCUACCUCCUCGUCCGCGUCUUCAAGGUCGUGGAGGAGCCCGCCUCCAUGACCCGAGACCUCUACAUUAGGUCCGUCGUCCCCAUCGGCGCCCUCUACUCCCUCUCCCUCUGGUUCUCCAAUUCCGCUUAUAUCUACCUCUCUGUCUCCUUCAUCCAGAUGCUCAAGGCCCUCAUGCCCGUCUCCGUCUACUCCAUCGGCCUUGUCUUCAAAAAGGACACUUUCAAGUCCGACACCAUGCUCAACAUGGUCUCCAUCUCCCUCGGCGUCGCCAUCGCCGCCUACGGCGAGGCCAAGUUCGACUCUUGGGGCGUGAUGCUGCAGCUCCUGGCUGUCGCAUUCGAGGCCACCCGGCUGGUCUUGAUCCAGAUUUUGUUGAAUUCCAAAGGUAUUAGCUUGAACCCCAUCACGUCGCUUUUCUAUGUCGCGCCGUGUUGUUUGGUGUUCUUGUCCUUGCCGUGGAUGAUAAUGGAAUACCCUUUGUUGAGGGACACUUCCAGUUUCCAUCUGGAUUUCGUGAUCUUCGGGACCAAUUCCCUCUGCGCCUUUGCGUUGAAUUUGGCCGUGUUCUUGCUGGUGGGGAAAACCUCCGCACUGACCAUGAAUGUCGCCGGUGUGGUGAAGGAUUGGCUUUUGAUUGCAUUCUCUUGGUCGGUAAUCAAGGACACAGUGACUCCCAUCAAUUUGUUUGGCUACUUUAUAGCGUUCCUGGGUGUUGCGUAUUACAAUCACUCCAAGUUGCAGGCGCUCAAGGCCGCAGAAGCGCAGAAGAAGGCGCAGCAGGCCGACGAGGAGGCAGGGAGGUUGUUGGAGGAGAAAGAAGGUGAAGGGACAGGCAAGAAGAGCGAAACGCAAGAUUGAUUCGUUUGCUAAUUCCUUUAUUUUCAAGGGAAAUGAGGAUUAGAAAUUUAGAACAGAGAGAUUUGGAAAGACGAGUGAAUGAAACCGGAGAUCUAAAUCGAGUUGCUUGCUCGUCUUGAUGGGGUUUUUAUUUUGGGUAUGUGGUAUUAGGUUUGUUCCUUUUUGUUCUUAUUUAAAGUAGUGUCGACUGUGUGUUAAUGGAAUUUCAAAGUUAAUGAAUUUAUGUCACCUAUACUGCCU